AUGGAUCCCGACGUCGUGUUCCGCACCGUGACACAACCAGCGCCAAUGCCCGAGGCCAAUUGGGGUCUUUCACCUGCUGAGGAUCCGGAGAAGGCUGACGAGGUUCUCAAGGCUAAAGUUGCUCGCUUCCUUCAGCUCAAGAAGCAAGGCCAGCACGUUAAUACUUCCCUGCUUCGCUCGUCCUCCUUCGCCAACCCUACCAUCUACGCGAAACUUGUGGAGUUUGUCGACAUUGACGAGCGCGCCUCCGCCUUCUCUCGUGGCGGCUGGUUGACACGCAGAGGGCUCGAAGAGACGAAGAAGGACCAUGGGCCCAAGGUCCUUCUUCGGAGGCAAGAUGAGAUGGCCGAAGCCGCCCGCCCGCAAUACCACCCGAACGUUGCAUUGCCUGCCUUUGCGCAGAUACAGCGGGGCACCGCCUUCCUCUCAUCGGCACCCUCGUCGUCACCCUGCGCUAUGACACCUGCGUCGGGCGAUGGUACUGUCGCUGCACUCACGCCCACAGCCGGCUUCCCGUUCGCCUACGGUCGCCCGGUCGUCAAUCCUAUCCUUUGCAUCGAUGCCAGCGAUAUCCGCCUCGCAUAUCGGGCCUCUUUUCUGGCGCUUCCACCGUUCUAG